UUGUUACAAAAUCGUCCUUAUUCCUUUUACGCCUUCAAAACCCACACCAUUGUACACAAAUCAAUCCCUCCGCCAAUUUCUCCAAACAACCCCUUUCCGUUUCCGCCGGCAUGGACUUCUUCAAAACUGUCUUCUCCGACGAACCCGACUCGCCGUCGCAUGAUUCCGAUCAAAGCGACUCGCCACCGCAUGAUCCCGACCAAGCCGAAUCAGAUCACGAUACAUCAACCGAAAACACCGCUUGGAGCUUCGGCGGCUUGAUCCAAACCCUAGCAUCCAAAUCCGAAUCUGUCCUCGCGAAUUACCGGCACGAUCUCGAAGAAUUCGGCUCCGGCUUGAGGAUUGAAACAUCGGUUAUCCGAGAAGCCGCCUCACGCGCUGUUAAAGACCUCCCGGUUUCCCUAGAUGUUGGCGCAUCGGUGGCUCAGGAAUCGCUCGAGACCGUUGGCCAGGCUAUUGAUGACAUCGGCAGCAGCGUUUGGAAAUCGACGGCGCAGAUUAUCUCACACGGUAGGGAUUCUCUCUUAGCCCCUGAUUCUGAUUCUGAUUCAAGCCAUAACGGUAACAAGAGAAUAUUGAGGAGUAGUAGUAGUGCUCAGGGUUUGGAUUUGAAAUAUAGUAGAUUUGAUGUAUUAAUGCGUGGUCUUCAGGGUGAUGUUAAUACCUAUUUGGAGGAACCUGAAGAUUUGGAGAAUUUCAAUGAGUGGAAAUUAGGGUUUGAAUUGGAUAAUAAGGAAGAGGAGAUUGAGAGUUUGAUGAAAGAGAAUUCUGUUGUUGAUGAGAUUUAUGAGAAGGUUGUUCCUAGUAAGAUUGAUGAUGAGAGAUUCUGGAGUAGGUAUUUUUAUAAGCUGCAUAAGCUUAACCAAGCUGAGGAAGCAAGGGCUAAGCUUGUGAAGCGUGCUAUAUCUGGCGAUGAAGAGGAGGAUUUGAGCUGGGAUUUCGAUGAUGAUGAAGAUAAUAAUGAUGAUCGAAAUGGACCCAAAGGUAGUAGUAAUAUUGGGGUUUCUGAAUUGAAGGAGGAUAAUUCUGCUAAGAUUGGCGCUAAGGUUCGUGCUAAUGAUGAGACUGUUGAGGAUUUGAAGAUAGAAAAUGAUGAGAAGGGUGUUGUUGCUCCUGAAUCUAUAACUGAUGAAGGUGUUAAUGUUGAGACUGUUAAGGAUUUGAAGAUAGAAAAUGGUGAGAAGGGUGUUGUUGCUUCUGAGUCUGUAACUGAUGAAGGUGAUAAAUUGGAGGUGAAUAAUAAUGACAAUGUGGCAUCUAAUGUUCCAGUAACGGUGACUUUGGGUGAUCAAGAUGAAAACUUGGAUGAGAAAAACGAGGCAUCAGAAGUGAAGACAGAUAUAGAUAACGGUAAUGGUGGUGAAUCCUGCAAAGAUAGUGAUAUUUCUGUUGUUUCAAGCCAGCCUUCAUUGCAUGAGGAAGAAGACAUCAGCUGGGAAGAAAUUGAAGAUGUUGAAAGCAAUGAUGAUAAUAAAGACAAUGUUGGUGGGUCCGAAAGUAGGAUUGAUUUGCGGAAGAGGUUGAGUUCGGCAACGGCUGACGAAGAUGAGGAUCUAAGUUGGGAUACUGAAGAUGAUGAUGAUGAUGAGGCUGUUAAGUCAUGACCAGAUUGUGGGUUCAUGAUCACUGUUGAUUCAAUUUAUAAACACAAAUUGCUCAUUAAGGGUAUAGUUUUUUUCCUCGUAACUGAAUGAUGUAAAUACGACCUAUUUUUUAUGUCUUAUACAAGCUCAAGGGAUAAAGUGAGCACCAAUUGAAAUAAAGUUCAAGUGUACGCCCAUGUGAACCCUUCAUCCUCUUUGAAGAAGGGUCUCUAGCCAUGUUCUGUGGCAUCUUUUUGUGAGAAAGAAUGUUCAGUUAUUUGCAAUACCCUUUAUUUUAGGGAUUGCAUAAUUGUGUUUUA